GGGAACGGCGUCGGCGCGAAGUAUCGACGUCAUCAGCUCGCGACGCGAGUGUGAGGAGCGGGCUGCGAGCGAUGGCGGCGUCCAGGGUUUUCCGGCGGCGCAGGGAGGAGCCCGAGGAGGAUGAGGAGGAUGAGCAGCUGGCCGAGGAGGUCAGGUUAAAACUCGAGGAAGCCAAAGAAGUGCAGAGCCUCAGGAAGCGGCCCAAUGGAGUGAGUGCUGCAGCUCUGCUUGUGGGGGAGAAGUUGCAAGAAGAAGCAACUCUUGUGGAUGACCCAUUUAAGAUAAAAUCUGGGGGGAUGGUGGACAUGAAGAAACUGAAAGAACGAGGCAAGGACAGGAUUAAUGAAGAAGAAGAUCUCAACUUAGGAACUUCCUUCUCAGCUGAAACCAACAGGAGGGAUGAGGAUGCUGACAUGAUGAAGUACAUUGAGACGGAGCUGAAGAAGAGAAAAGGAAUUGUGGAGAAUGAAGAACAGAAGGUGAAGCUGAAGAAUGCUGAGGACUCUCUGUAUGAGCUGCCAGAGAACAUCCGUGUCUCCUCUGCUAAGAAGACUGAAGAGAUGCUGUCCAACCAGAUGCUGAGUGGCAUUCCUGAAGUGGACCUGGGAAUUGAUGCAAAAAUAAAAAACAUCAUCUCAACUGAAGAGGCCAAGGCAAAGCUGCUGGCAGAGCAGCAGAACAAAAAGAAAGACAGCGAAACUUCCUUUGUUCCCACAAACAUGGCUGUUAACUAUGUCCAGCACAACAGAUUUUAUCAUGAGGAGCUAAAUGCACCAGUGAGAAGGAACAAAGAAGAGCCAAAGCCCCGUCCGCUGAGAGUGGGGGAUACAGAGAGGCCAGAACCUGAGCGUUCUCCUCCAAAUCGCAAACGUCCACCCAAUGAAAAAGCAACUGACGAUUAUCACUACGAGAAGUUCAAGAAGAUGAAUCGGCGAUACUGAUGGAUGCAGACUGAGGCCUCUGCAGAGGUGCUUGCUCUCCUCUCUCUCCAAUAGAGGAUUUUGUGUCAGCGACCUGGAAUCGAGGAGGGGAGCGUCACUGCCUCCACGUGUUGGUGUCAUCUACGGAGCUUUCCUUGUGAUCUUGUAGUCAGUCUGUUUGCAGGUGAUUGUGAACUCUGGUUGGUGAAAUCUUGUAUAUAACUUAUUUUCCAUUAUAAAGCUUAUUUUAUGAUAACAUCA